UUAUCGAUAACAUAAACAUUAUUCGUGUAGCUAAACGUGUAUCUUAUAAAUGUGCAAAAUAUUACUCAAGCAGCGAGAAACUUCACUGCAUCUUAAGGAAUAUUUGUUUAAGAGUUUACGGGAAUAAUUAAAGAAUGGGUGCAUUGGCAGAGGUUGCCGGUGAUGAAAAUAGUGGCGAAGGUUCACGCACAUUUGUUUUCCAAAAUGAGGGACACACUUUAGGCAACGCUUUAAAAACCAUAAUAAGCAGGUAUCCAGAUGUAGAUUUUUGCGGUUAUACGAUACCUCACCCAACCGAAAGCAAAAUGCAUUUCAGAAUACAAUCGGAUCAAAAUAGAGCGAUAGAUAUUUUAAAGCGAGGAUUAGAUGAUUUGGAAGCCCUUUGUGAUCAUACUAUAAACACGUUUGAAUCCGAAGUCAAAUCACAUGUAGAAACAAAUAAGAAGUCUGUUGUAUAAAGUUAUAUUGAAUGUAUUUAUUUUUUAUUUAAGCUG